AUGCGCGCAGUGGCGCCCGUUAGCAGCAAAAGUGCCGAUUUUGCUAUUGAAGAAACGUCGUCGGUACUAAAAGCAGAAGAGCUUGCGAUCAAGGCACUGGGUCGCUUUCUGAAGGUGUCGUUGGAGGAUUUGAAAAUUGAUUGCAAAAUAUUGUACAAGACGUCAUCUAUAAUGAAUACCAUUCAACAGUGUCGGUGCGAGCGGCUGACUGAACAAGCAGCGCUCAGUAGACGCGUAAUCGAGAGAAACACACAGAUGAGAGAAGAGAGAGAGAAGAGAGAAAUGGAAUCUCGACUGUUGUUGAACUAUACGGUCAGCUGA